UUGGCGCCACAUGACAUGAAUGAAUGCUAUAUCGUCACAGCCGGUGGUUGAACGGACGCAUCAAUCAAGACAAGGGCAAAAUCGUCACACCACCGUUCUGCUUCGAUGUUGUGUUAUAUAGUGGCGAUUGAAAGUGAAAGCCUGAACGGAGACACACCCGUUGAUCCUUUCGCCAUUUUUGUUAUAAAUUCCAGUUUGACUCGUUUGUUCUACUCCCAAAUUUCGUGUUUUUUUUUCUUUCUGCAUGUUCCCUUUUUCGUGGUAUUCGAGGACUAAGAAGGCGAACUGUGUUUCUAGUUCUCGUAAUUUAUGGAAAAUUGAGGAUUUUAAGGUUUAAGGAAUGAUGGGAAGUUGUGGCGAAAGAAACGAGGAUCAGUUCUUUGACACUGGUGAUGAGAUAAGUUCUUUGUCUGAUUGUUUUUAUACUAGUUCUGGUUCUUUAGGUUAUGAAUUCUGGGCGAAGAACUUAGAAAGUGUGAGUGAACGGCGAACUAGGCUUUUGAAAUGGAUGGGAUUGAGUCCUGAAUGGGAAGUAAUGAAUAGAGAUGAAUUGAAUGAUGAAUGUUGUGAUAAGUUCAAAGCUGGGGAUGAUAAUAGGAUUAGUGACAAUGGUGAGGCCAUGCUGGCAAACUCGGAUUCCGAGGACCAUUUCUUCUCGGGUCGAUCUUCCCAAUCAGACGAGAACGAUUCUCUGGAGGAGAAAAUUAGGAAUCUGGACAAUGGAACAGAGUUCAUGGUUGAUGAGUUGGGUCAGGAUGGUACAGUUAGCCGGUUAGGCUCUUCAUCGUUGGUUCAGCGAUUAUUGGGGAAAGAUUCAGAGGGAUUUCGAAUUGUUGAUACAAUGAGAAAGAAAGUGAAAAGAAAUUGGCUUCAGAAACUAAGUGCUGUGACAAAGGGGACUCGUUUGAAGUCCAAAGAUUCCAAUGUAAACACAGGCAUUGCUAUUCAAAAGGUUGUGGUCGAUACGUGUAAAAAGCAGUCGAAAGAACUGUCUUCACUUUACAGUAGGCAAGAAUUUCUCGCACAUGAAGGUUCGGUUUUGACUAUGAAGUUCAGUCCCGAUGGCCAGUACUUAGCCAGUGCUGGAAAGGAUGGAAUUGUGCGUGUUUGGAGGGUGAUUGAAUCUGAAUUUCCAAAUAAACUAAACAAUCAGGAUAUCGAUCUUUCCUGUUUAUAUUUCUCACUAAAUCAUUUCUCGGGAUUAGCCCCCCUUAACCUUGAUAAGGAGAAGAUGAAAAGAAUGAGAAAAUCGUCAGAAUCAGCGUGUGUCAUCCUCCCGCCAAAAUCCUUCCAGAUUCUAGAGAAGCCAGUACACGAGUUCUAUGGACACGAGGGUGAAGUCCUAGCUCUUUCUUGGUCAAAAAAUGGGUAUCUGCUAUCAUCCUCUGUUGAUAAAACAGCUCGCCUGUGGCAAGUAGGACAUGAUCAAUGUUUUGGCGUUUAUUCACAUAAUAAUUACGUGACCUGCAUAGAAUUCAAUCCCGUGGACAAUAACUACUUUGUUAGCGGUUCAGUAGAUGGAAAAGUUCGUCUUUGGGAGGUGCACCGCCAACGAGUUAUUGAUUGGACUGAUGUGAAAGAAAUAGUUACUGCAGUGUGCUAUUCCCCCGAUGGAAAGGGUGGUGUUGUGGGCUUCAUGGAUGGCAGUUGCCGUUUUUAUGAUGUAGUAGGUAAUUGCUUGCAAAUGGGCUCUCGAGUAUGCCUGCAAGGGAAGAAAAAGCUUCCUCACAAUAGAAUAGUCGGAUUUCAGUUCUGCCCAGAUGACACAAGCAAAGUUAUGGUUACUUCAGCUGAUUCGCAGAUUAGAAUACUUAACGGCUCCAAUAUCAUCUGCAAAUUCAAAGGGGUCCGAAAUUCUGCAGGCCUGGUUCCUGCAACGUUUACAUCGGAUGGAAAGCACGUUGUCUCGGUUACUGAAGAUUCGAAUGUGUGUAUCUGGAACUAUAACGAGCUGCAGACUAGUAAGACCGUACGAUCCUAUGAAAGUUUCUAUUCCCACAACGCAUCAGUGGUGGUACCUUGGUGUGGUGCAGGAUCAUCGGUGCCAGGAAGCAUGUUAUCGAGCGGGAAGGCGAUAUCAACCUCAUCGUCAUCGUGUUGUCAGUUCAAGGGAUGUGCAACGUGGCCGGAGGAGAAACUCCCUAAUUUGAGCCCAUCCCCAGUAUUGAAAUCGGAUUACAAGUUUCUGAAGAGUGCGUGGCAAAGCGCAUUGGCUUCUUCUCCAAAUUUAUGGGGUCUCGUGGUUGUGACUGCCGGGUUGGAUGGAUACAUCAGAACAUUCCUUAACUACGGUUUACCAAUUCGUUUUUGAUUGAGAUCAUAACAUUAUUUUUAUUCAUUUAGCAGCCAAGGGGCAUCCUCCAUCUCAGAUUCAUCAGCAUAGAGAAUGUUAUGAUUUGUUGUUGUAUAUGAUAUUGAAUUCUGUAAGUUCCAGCUGAAAGAACACCUAUAAUUUUGAUACAAUGAAAUUCAAUAAACUA